AUGAAGAUUCAAAAAAGAUCGCCAUUAUUCUAUGCAGCUUCAUUGACUGUUUUAGGUGUAUCAUUCUACUAUCUUGAUCAAUAUCUACAAGGUUCAUAUUACUCUUAUUUAAAGUAUCACAAGGACAAGAAGAUUAAUCAAGACACUGACAGAGACGAUAGAGCCAGAAGAAGAAUUCAAACAAGAGAACUAAAAGAACAACAACAACAACAAUAA